UUCUUACUUCUUUCUCUCAAACAUGGAAAACGAAUCCGGUGACAAAGUUAUAUACUUUGACAUUACAAAGAAGGGCGAAGAAGAAGUUGCAUGCCAGAACCCGCUCAUGUCCUCCAUAGUUGAAAUCAAGUAUGUCUUUUCUUGUCAAUCUUGGCUUCACGACACCAAAUUCGAAGACGGCGAACAAGUUGUAACAGAAAUUCCAGAGCGAAAAAUUUGGAAAUAUCUAUACUUGGAACCUCAACGAUCCUUGUCCUAUAGGAAGAUGCGUAAAAUCAUCAAUGACGCUAUUCGGACUUGGCCAAUACGUAGUGGCACUCGUAAAAUUUUGAUCAAGGAUGUGUUUUCGAGGACAAAAGCAAUGUGAAUCACGAAGAUUGCCACCGUCAAUAGAAGAAAACAAUGACUAUGAUAUGGUUCCAGCUAGUAAGUCGUCAAUCAAAUCACUGAAGCGGAAGAAACUAGAUGCCGAGAACAAUAAUUGUGAUUGUUGUACAAUAUGCUUGGAAAAGUUCUCCAAAAGAUCUAAAGUUACACAUAUGCCAUGCUCGCAUAUGUUUCAUGGUAAUUGCGUUAGAAAAUGGCUAAAAACGAGUCAUUAUUGUCCAGUUUGCCGUUUCGAGAUGCCAACUAGCUAGAGAUGUGUUGCAUGAUUCAGUGGGGAGAUGAAUAUUUUAGGUUUAAAUAUAUACUUCUUUUUUUAAUUUCAAUUUGUAAUGAUUUGAGGGUAAAUUCAAUUUA